ACAUGUUGUAGAGAUCAAAAGGAGCGAGCGAAGAGUAGGGACGGAGUUGAACGACCAAACUGCAGGUACCCCCCACCCUGUAUUUCGGAAUUUUUCGAAGAAGGAUAUUCGGGAGGAAAGGGAAUUCGUCGAUCGCUUGUUUUCAAGUUCAGAUUUUUCUCUUAUUUUUCCGAUCCGAAGUAGAUUUUUGCCAAGAGAAAUUUGUUAAUCGUUCGCACACAUCUGGUUUGUUGAGGAAAUUCCACGCUAGAUUCUCCCUUUGGAGAUGGAUUCUGAUGCAGACACUGAAAACCAGUUGAUGGCUGAAGGAAGUUCAUCUCCAAAUUUUCAAAUCGACCCUAAAAGAGCCCGGUUCCCUUGCUGCAUCGUGUGGACUCCCCUUCCUGUGAUUUCAUGGCUGGUUCCUUUUGUUGGUCAUAUUGGUAUAUGCAGAGAGGAUGGUGUGAUUUUGGACUUCGCAGGGCCUAAUUUUGUGUGCGUUGACAAUUUUGCUUUUGGAGUAGUGGCUCGUUACCUUCACAUAAGUCUUCAUGAGUGUUAUGCACUUCCCCUUCCGUCAUUGCACAAAAGCGAGGAUCAGCACCGGCAGGAUCAACCCGAAAGAGAGAUAUCAACAUGGGAUGAUGCGCUUCGGAAGGGCACUCAAGUCUUCCAGCACCGUGCUUAUAGCCUGUUCACUUGCAAUUGCCAUUCUUUCGUGGCUAACAAUCUGAACAGGCUGCAGUUUUCAAAUGGCGGGUGGAAUGUGGUGAACCUUGCUGCUCUGAUCUUUAUAAAGGGUAAAUGGGUGAGCAAAGCAUCCAUGGUGCGUUCCUUUUUACCGUUUCUUGUUGUUUUCAGUCUGGGAUUUGCGCUUGGGGGAUCCUCCUUCCUAAUAUUCUUGGCACUGUUCAUUGUUUUCCUUGUUGGUUGGUUCCUUUUUGGAACUUACUGUUUCAAGAAUUUAAUUCAGUUGUAGCUUCUGCUAUGCUUUCAUCAAGUAAGAACAUUUUUGUUUAACUUGUAUGAUUCACAUAUAUGUCUCUGAACAAAAAAAAAAAAUCAUCCUUUCCUCUUUCCCCUUU